GUAAUUUGAUUCUUAACGGAAACGGACAGGGCGGUUCACGGUUGUCAAAGAGAGCAUUAAACUUCAAACCCUAGCUCCGGUGGCCAACAAACCGGAACAGGUACUCCGGCCAGAUUUUCAUCGGAGAAAAUGGCUUCCAUGGCCUUUCCCGGGAGCAACCUCUUCACAUCGCCUCAGCUCACUUCUAAAACCUCAUUCCUCAUCCGCUGUAACAACUUGUCAGAGUCACUCAAGUGCAAGGGAAAUGAGGCUGUUGGCGGGGAUUCUAACGGCCGGGCGGCGGUGGCGCUUCCCAGCUUUUUUACCGCCCCCAAUCGGCUUCUCGACAAAAUCGCGGUUCCGAAAAGCGACACGCGUCUACGCAUUUUCUCUGGCACCGCUAAUCCUUCUCUGUCUCAGGAAAUUGCUUGUUACAUGGGUCUGGAGCUUGGUAAGAUCAAGAUCAAGCGGUUUGCUGAUGGGGAAAUUUAUGUUCAGUUACAAGAGAGUGUCCGGGGCUGUGAUGUUUAUCUCGUGCAACCUACAUGCCCUCCAGCAAAUGAAAAUCUCAUGGAGCUCUUGAUAAUGAUUGAUGCUUGCCGUCGAGCAUCAGCCAAAAAUAUUACUGCGGUUAUCCCUUAUUUUGGAUAUGCACGAGCUGAUCGAAAGACUCAAGGACGGGAAUCGAUUGCAGCCAAACUUGUCGCAAAUCUGAUCACUGAAGCAGGCGCUGAUCGGGUUUUAGCAUGUGACCUCCAUUCUGGACAGUCAAUGGGAUAUUUUGACAUUCCAGUAGAUCAUGUGCAUGGCCAGCCAGUCAUACUUGAUUAUCUUGCCAGUAAGACAAUAUCUUCUGAUGAUUUGGUUGUGGUCUCACCGGAUGUUGGUGGGGUUGCAAGAGCUCGAGCCUUUGCCAAAAAGUUAUCUGAUGCUCCUUUGGCCAUUGUGGAUAAAAGGCGUCAUGGCCAUAAUGUCUCUGAGGUGAUGAAUUUGAUUGGUGAUGUUCGAGGAAAAGUUGCAGUCAUGGUGGAUGACAUGAUUGAUACUGCUGGAACUAUUGCAAACGGUGCUGCUCUAUUACAUCAAGAAGGAGCUAGGGAGGUUUAUGCUUGCACCACUCAUGCGGUUUUCAGUCCUCCUGCCAUAGAAAGACUGUCAAGUGGUCUCUUUCAAGAGGUUAUCAUUACAAACACCAUUCCAGUUGCAGAGCAAAACUAUUUCCCCCAGCUUACAGUCUUAUCGGUGGCAAACCUUUUGGGCGAGACAAUAUGGCGUGUGCAUGAUGAUUGUGCUGGAGGUUUUGAACCUUAUUCGAGCUUGGGGAUCGACUGAUAUCCCUACUGCUUGUGAGAAACUCAACUUGCCAUUGCAGUUUUCCGACGCUUGAAAAGGAGACCCAUUUGCUGAAAUUCCCAAGAUGGUUGUGUUACAACAAGUGUAGUACUACCAUUGUACAAUGUUAAAUGUGUUUGUAUAUGUCAGUUGAGUUUUGGUCUAUUUCUAUAUCAAUGAAUUUUGCUCUCAUAUGAUUUUUAUAUAACAAGCCCUUUUGUCCAUGUUCGGGCCUUCCCAGAUUAUGGUAUGAAAUGGUUAGUCAA